UAAAAAUGGCACGGAGAUGGACGAUAAGAUGCGAUCGCCGGCCAGGACCGCCAAGUCGGCAAUGCAGCCGUCCAGGGCGCGGCGCCACGGCUCCACGGGGUCUCAACCCGUCACGGCGCGUCGUCGAUCGACAACAAACGCGCAAACCAAGCCACUCGCGUGCAGACGAAGCGCAAUAAAGGAAUCCAUGAGGCCAUCUUCGACCGGGCGCAGCAAGCAGUACCAUGGUGACGCGAGGAAGAAGGAGGAGGCUGGCGGUUUGCCUUGCCGCUGCUGCCUGGUGGUGCUAUAUUGUGAGCAAGCGCCCGCUGCCUCUUGCCGCUGUGCCGCUCGCUCGUAAGACAAGGUUACCUUCUUUGCUGCCACCAGCACCGCCUGAUACGAGGAGACGUGGUCUAUUGAUAGUUUAUUCAUCCACUCCUCGUUGUCUAUUUAUUGCCCUUCUAGCUUCUUGUUCUGUUGUGCUCCUUGCGCGCGCCUACAAAUCUCAACACUCGCUGCUGCGCCUGCGAUACCAUUCCUCCGUCCAUUCCUCUCGUGCUCGUCCGAUAGAUACAUACCUACCUACCUACCUACCUACUCCUCCGUAUACGCAUAGAAACCAAUCCAAUUACUACAGCAGCAAUCCCACCGAAGCAGACAAUCAAACCCAGCUUAACCGCCCACAAUGACGCUCGCUAGAAUAGUCAUGCGCAGUGUGCAGAUCGUCUUCUCAGCCGUAGUCCUUGGCCUCUCGAUCAAGCUAAUCCAAGACCAAGUCUUCGGCACCAGCCGCACCAUCAACGUAGCCGCUUUCUCAGGUGCCUUUGGCAUCUUCGCCGCCUUGGUUGGGCUCGCAAGCCUCUGGUUAACGGCGAUGAGCCC